AAAUUAUAAAAAUCCCGCACCGCGGGUACCUGCUGGUCGGUGCGCUCCCGUCCUCGUGGUUUCUUCGCACUCCCCGAUCCUCCGUACCCUAGUUCGAGCCUCUCUCCAUUCGCCGACUGCCGACCUCUGGCGCCGCGGCGGCCGACCUCCGUCCCCGGACCACAAGCCGGGGCCAGCUGAUCGCCUCCAUCGACCUUCUCCCAGGUGAACUGAUCCAGCUUCAUAUACUCAGAGGACAAUAUGCUUGCUGCACCUAGCAACAAUGUGUUGGCUGUUGCAGGAUCAAGACCAGGAAAUCAAUUGGCUACCAUUCCUCAAUCCUUUCAAACUCCAGGUCCAGGUGGAAAGCAGCGGACCUCCAGUCUUGAGUCACCUAUAAUGCUGCUCACAGGUCACCAGAGUGCUAUAUACACCAUGAAGUUCAACCCAGCAGGAACUGUGAUAAGUUCUGGGUCCCAUGACAAGGAUAUCUUCUUGUGGUAUGUCCAUGGGGAUUGCAAAAAUUUCAUGGUCUUGAAAGGACACAAGAAUGCAAUUCUGGACCUCCAGUGGACCACUGAUGGAACCCAGUUAAUCUCAGCAAGCCCUGACAAGACUCUUAGAGCAUGGGAUGCUGAGACCGGGAAGCAAGUUAAGAAAAUGGCAGAGCACUCAUCUUUUGUGAACUCGUGCUGCCCUUCACGCAGGGGUCCACCUCUUGUUGUGAGUGGCUCCGAUGAUGGAACAGCCAAACUCUGGGAUCUUCGUAUGAGGGGUGCGAUCCAGACAUUUCCAGACAAGUAUCAGAUCACCGCCGUCGGUUUCUCAGAUACAGCAGACAAGAUCUUUACCGGUGGAUUAGACAAUGAUGUGAAGGUGUGGGAUCUUCGCAGAAACGAGGUGAUAAUGACUCUCCAGGGCCAUGGGGACAUGAUAACAGGCAUGCAGCUGAGUCCCGACGGGUCUUAUCUCUUGACUAACGGCAUGGAUUGCACACUACGUAUCUGGGAUAUGCGCCCCUAUGCUCCACAGAACCGAUGCGUGAAAAUUUUUACGGGGCACCAGCACAACUUUGAGAAGAACCUUUUGAAAUGUAGCUGGUCACCUGAUGGGAGCAAGGUCACUGCAGGUAGUGCAGACCGGAUGGUAUAUAUCUGGGAUACGACAUCACGUCGCAUCUUGUAUAAGCUUCCUGGGCACAAUGGAUCUGUCAAUGAGACUGUGUUUCACCCUACCGAGCCCAUUAUUGGAUCUUGCGGCAGUGACAAGCAGAUCUAUCUUGGAGAACUUUGAAUCAGAAUCUACAACGUUUGGUGGUCUGCAGAACCUUCCAGAAGCUUUGGUCCAUUCACUAACCACCAGGUGCUGACAGAUGUAGUGAAAAGAAAUUAGCGGUGGGUGUAGGUUCUUUAUGGUUUGACAAUGAUAUAAUGAAAAGAAAUUAGCAGUGGGUGCAGUUUCUUUGUGGUUUGAUGAUGAUAUAGUGAAAAGAAACCAGCAGACGACAGUUUCUUUACAGUUUUAUCGAUUAUUCCAUCUAAAUCACACUCGAAUCUGAUCUUUCAAGAGUGGUAGUAUAUGUUAAAAACAACAGAGUAACUGCUAAAUUUGUGUUCCUGCUUUUUUCUUUUUUGACUUUUGUUUUUCAGACAGGAUUUCAUUGAUGAGUUAUAUGUCGCUAGUAGCUUAUGUUACUUUUAUCACACCCCUCAUACAUCAUGUUCCAUGUCAGUGAUGCAGGUCUUGUAUUGUUGUAUCUCUUAAGAUACCUCAUACAAUGUUCAUCAACAACUUGUGUUGGGUAGCA